AUGUGGAUUUUUGCUGUCCGGGUGUUUUUGGGAAUCCUUCUCUGUGCAUCAUACCAGUGCUUGGAGUGCCCUUUUGGCUGUGAGUGUUUUGCUGUCACUCGAACAGUAAAAUGUGUUUCUGAGGAUCUGCUCGCGGUGCCACAAAGCACGCCAGGAUAUGCCAAGACAGUCAUCAUCACAGGAAAUAAUAUACACCAGGUUGGACCUGAGUCCUUUACAGAGAUGGAGAAUGUCACCAACAUCAUUUUAAGCAAUAAUAGGAUCACGGAGAUGGCGUCCCACAGCUUCUCUGCCCUCCUCAACCUGCGCUUCCUGGACCUCAGUGAGAACCAAUUGGCCCUCAUUCACCCCGAAGCUCUCAGCAUACCUGGAAGUCCUCUGCAGGAGCUCAACCUGAGCCACUCGCUGCACAACUUCACCGCCCUGACGGACCUCACCACGGCUCUGCGCUGGGGCGGUCUCAGGGGGCUCCUCCGCCUCGACCUCUCUGGGAACCACCUCGCCCUGCUGCCCCCUGGGAUGUUCUCCCACCUUCCCAACCUGCAGCAGCUCUUCCUCACCAACAACUCUCUGGUGGCUGUCUACAGAGGAACCUUCUCUGGUACGAGCCGCCUGGAACUGUUGGACCUCACACACAACAUCUUCAUUACAUUCGGGGCUGACGCUCUGAAAGAACUGCAGAGGCUCGGGAACAUCCGAAUCCUCCUUGGGGACAACCCCUACACCUGCUCCUGUGAGAUCAGUCCUUUUGUGGCCUGGCUGAAUGAAUCGACAGCUCAGGUAGAUGUGGACGCUGUACGGUGCGCCUCACCGAGAGGGCUGCGUGACACCCGUCUGCGAGGGCUCCGUGUGCAUGCCAUUGGAUGCGUUGAUGCAGUCCAAGCAGAGGUGUUGGACCUCACCCUGCAGACUUCCUAUGUCUUCCUCGGGCUGGUGCUGGGCCUUGUGGGCAUGGUCUUUCUCUUCGUGCUCUACCUGAAUCGCAAAGGUAUGAAGAAGUGGAUCGUUGACAUGAGAGAUGCAUGUCGGGAGGUUCUGGAGGCGUAUCACCACCGAUACGAGAUUGACUCGGAUCCUCGACUGAGGCACAUCUCUGCGGAAAACAGUGGCAGCAAGGGAAUUUAG